UGGUGCGACUGCCCAUCGCCGUGCCGUGUGGACUCCUGCCGCAAUUCGCUAAUGCAUCUCUACUGCAAUAUCAACUGCUGCCCGAACAUGAGAGGGCUGAUGCGCUUCGUAAACCACUCGUGCCAACCGGUGGCGAAGUUCGUGGAAGUGGCCAACGGCCGCCGUACCACCGUGGUCGUGGCGUCGCCGCAAGACAUCCACCGCGGCAAGGAGGUGAUAGUCGACUACGACGACUUGUGGUUUGUUUGCCGCUGUGGGCCGGAUGGCUGUCGCCACCGCAACAUUCAAGACGCCCAAGACCCGUGA